AUGGUGCACAAUUCGUUGAACGAUGUUCCACGCAACCUCAAGGAGGGUAUUGACUGGUUGAUGGCCCUGAAGGGAGCCGAUGGUGAGAAAAACUUGAGCGCAUUGGGUGCGGCAAUCCACAAUUUUCUCUCCUACAACCUCUUGAAAAACCCUGAGGAAGCUAAAAAGUUGCCAUCCCUCGAAAAUGUUAAACUUAUUUCCAUGGGGUUCAUGUGGAAGAAGCAACUUAGGGACCUGUGGCCCGCAAACGAGAUGCUCGGGAAAUUCAUUAAGACUAUGUCCCAAAAACCCACCGAUUUGGUCAAUGCUAUAGGCUCCGACCCUGACGAGAUCACAGCGAACUUGACUAGAUUUGUUGAUGGUUGUGAGAAGUUCUUGGAUGGUAUAAAGAGCACUGCCGAUUACGAAUCUGCUUACAGCUCAGAAGCGACGUGGGAUGCGUCGUGUUCGAAACUUCCGGAAGCCUGCGCAGCUGUCUUCGUGGGUAUUGCGCCUAUGUUGUACGUAGGCCUAGAGUCUAUGAGGGAUGCGGGUGAGAACCAAUCCAUUAAGUGGAUGCCUUUUAUUAAGAAGAAGAACUUGGGCGAGGUCAUGAAUGCCAUGGGUUACGAAGAUCCGGUAUGCCGUGAAGGCAUGACUGGUCCAUAUUUGACCACUGCAUUGAAAAACGUUAAUAGAGAUGUAUUGGAGAUCAUCCACGGUCUCUGUGGGUUUGACGUUCUCUACGCGUCGGAAACCCCAGAACCUGUAAAGGCAGACAAACCAGUGGAACCUGUGUCACAAUCCACAGAAGUUGAAGAGCCUCUUGUAGCUGAAGAGUCCUUAGAUGUUGUGAAAGCAGAGCGAUUUGCCGAGUCUGUAGAGGUUGAUCAAUUUGCAGAAAUUAAGGAGCUUGAGCAAUUUGCAGGAUUUGAGGAGGUUGAUCAAUUUGCAGAAAUUGAGGAGGUUGUGCAGGCUGCACCAUUAGCAGAAGCUGAAGAAGUCGAAGAACCUGUAGAUGUCGAACCGAUUGCAGAGCCCGUGGAGGUUGAGCAGUUUGCGGGAGUUGAGGAACCUGUCAUAGCGGAAGAAUCUGUGGCGCAGGUAGAAACACAACCAUCCGCGAAACCAAAGAAGUCUGGAAAGACUGGAAAAGGCAAAACGGGGAAGAAAGGUAAAAAGGGUGUAAGUGGUAAGAAGGGCAAAAAAGGUAAAAAGGCCGUAGUAGCAAAUCAGUAA